CUUCAAACUAUAAAAACACCAGAAGGCCCUGCUAUAUGACCAUGAAUUCGACCAACUUUGGCCUGUGUGCUCGGUUGAUCCCUCAAAACUACGUUAAUCAGGGUCAAAAUGCAAGAAAAACCAUUGAGAAUGAAAUUAGAGUCUUCCUUGAGCACAGAAAAUUACCAUCCAAUGGCUGGGACGAUUCGAAAAUUGAAUUUCUGCUGCAGGAGUUGUCAAUCAUGGACAGUAACAACUUUCCAGGUAAUGUUGGAGCUGGCGAGAGAGAGGGAAGAGUAGCUUCUGCAUUAGUAGCCAAGAGGCAUUUCAGGUUAAGCCAUGGUAUUGGACGGUCAGGUGAUAUCACAGCUAUUCAACCCAAGGCAGCUGGGUCAUCGCUACUUAUGACUCUAACUAACUCUAUGGUUCUUGAUCUUAUAAAGAUGACAGGAGUAAAAUCAGCAACAUCUUGUGCAGUGUUACCCUUAGCAACAGGCAUGGGUCUAGUGAUGGUUUUACUUACACUUCGGCAACAAAGACCAGAGGCCAAGUAUGUGAUAUGGCCGAGGAUUGACCAGAAGUCUUGCUUUAAGAGUAUGAUAACAGCAGGUUUCAUUCCGGUCAUUAUUGAAAAUGUUUUGAAUGAAGAUGAAUUGACAACAGACUUGGCUGCACUGGAAAGAAAAAUAAAGGAGUUAGGAUGUGAGGCCAUAGCUUGUGUCAUGACGACAACCAGCUGCUUUGCACCUAGAGUACCAGACAGGCUAGAAGAGGUAGCCAAGCUGUGCAAAGAGCAAGAUAUUCCACAUGUCGUCAACAAUGCUUAUGGUAUACAAUCCUCAAAAUGUAUGCAUCUUAUCCAACAGGCAUCACGUAUUGGUCGUGUAGAUGCAUUUGUGCAAAGUACAGAUAAAAACUUCAUGGUUCCUGUAGGAGGAGCUGUCAUUGCUGGUUUUGAUAAAAGUUUCAUCGACAAAGUUUGUGAGAAUUAUCCAGGUCGUGCAUCAGCCACACCCUCUAUCGACAUGUUCAUAACACUAUUAUCUCUUGGAGCAGAUGGAUAUGAAAAGUUAUUAAAGGAAAGAAAGGAAGUAUUUUCCUACCUAUCUGAAGGAUUAUCAAAAGUGGCUGGUCAACAUAGUGAAAGAUUAUUGAAAACUAAACAUAAUCCAAUCUCGUUAGCAAUAUCCCUGAGUCAUACUAGUACAUACAGCAGUAUAGUUGAAGAUUCACGUGGCACUACACAACUUGGUUCCAUGCUAUUCACAAGAUGUGUUUCAGGAGCAAGGGUCGUUGCUCCUGGAACAACCAAAGUUAUCAAUGGUUAUGAGUUUCCUAACUGGGGUUCACAUUCCAAUGAGUACCCCUGUGCUUACAUGACGGCUGCUGGUGCUAUUGGGAUGACCAAGGAUGAUGUGGACACAUUCCUUAAACGACUUGAUAAGUGUUUGCAGAAAUGCAAUGCUAGGACUGGGAACCCUGUGGUAGAUCCUGAGUUGCAGGAGAAAGAGGAUCCUAACAAAACCAAACCUGUGCAAGAAACUGUUGUUAACAGAUGAUAUUAUAUAUCAACUUAGAAUAAUCCAUAACAACUCAACUUAAAUCGACAAUUGUUUAAAUAAAGAACUAGGAUGAUUAAAAAAACUCUGAGUGCAAUCGCACCUUUGCUUUUGCAGCUCCUAAACUAUGGAAGGUAUUACCAUCAGCACUUUGUAAAGUGUACAGUCUCAGAUGAAUAAACUGUUAAWCCUAAUAAUUUAAAAGUAGUAAUAUGUGUAGACGUAUACAAAAAAAAAAGAUCUUAAAUAUUGAACUAUUAAGUGUGUAUAGUAUAAUGUAAAGACAUGACCCUACCUAGGUAACAGAAGUGUGCACAGCUGGCUUCGUGUAUCAUGAGUCUUGAUUUGUCUGUGAGCCCAUGUGAUUAAAAUGUCAUCAUGAGUA